AUGUAUUAAUACAGUUAAUCAUACCAUCAAUAAAGAAAAGAAAAUAAACAGAAUUAAUUAUAUAAUUCCUUAUAGUUAGAAAGGGAAUAAGUUAAAUCAUUUAUUAAAUAACAAGAGCUUAAUCAUUAAUAGCAAUCAUAAUUUAUAAAAGAAUAAAUAAAUCAAUAGACAGAUUCAAUUAAAAUUAGAAUUGCUUAAAGGAGAAAUAGCUUAUAAGUGGAUUAAGAAGCUAAAUAAAUUUAAAAAAUUGUUGCAUAUUUCAACUAAAGAAUCUAAAAAAUAAGAGAUUAGGUUUAAAGUGAAGAUUAAUUAAUAUUAAUACAAUAAUUAGAAGAAGAAAAACUAAAUAAGAUCCUACAAAUACAAAACUAAAUUUGA